AUGGAUGCAAAGGCCGUAGGGUUCAUUGGUCUCGGAAACAUGGGGUUCUGGAUGGCGAUCAACUUGGCCAAAAAGCUUCCAGUCAAUUCCAAAGUUCAUGUGUUUGAUAUCGUUCAAACUCUCGUGGAUGAUAUCUGCGCGAAACAUCCGGAGAGCAUCAUAGGAUGCUCUAGUCCUAAGGAUGUUGCCGACAAAUCGGAUAUCAUAAUUACCAUGCUACCCGAAGGAAAGCACGUCAAGGCAGUUUACAUUGGACCUAAUGGAAUCUGCUCCAGCGACAUCGGACAGAAGCUUCUAAUCGACUGCUCGACCAUCGACACCGCAAGCUUUUUGGAGGUCAAGGACCACGUUACGAAGGUAUUUCCCUGCGCCUCAUUCUACGACGCCCCAGUGAGUGGUGGUGUUAUCGGAGCAGAGCGAGGAACAAUUGCAUUCUUCCUUGGGUGUGCUGAAGACAACAGCAAGGAUAUCCAAGAGCUCAGGGAAUUGUUCAGCCUGAUGGGUAACAAAGUCAUCCCAUGCGGUGGUCCGUCUCUCGGAAUCGCAGCCAAACUUUCCAAUAACUAUCUUUCCGGUAUCAUCGGCAUUGCUGCCUCGGAGGCCAUGGACAUGGGAAUGAAGUCCGGACUAGACCCACGAGUCCUGGCUCAGGUUUAUGCAGCUGGCACUGCUCAAAACACCAUAUGUGAUCGUUUCAACCCGGUACCCGGUAUUUAUCCUGAUGCGCCGUCCUCGAACGGGUAUCAGAAUGGUUUCAAGGUCCAUCUUAUGAAGAAGGAUAUUUCGUUGGCUUUGGACAUGGCCCGUCGCGUAGGAUCGACUAAUGUGCUGGGAAGUGUGGGGUUGCAGACAUACACAGAGGCCAGUGAGGAUGAGCGAUGCAAGGAUUUGGACUCACGGGUCGUAUUCCGGUACUUGGGUGGGAAUGAGAACUGGCAGCCUGAUAAUAAAAACGAGAAUUGA